AUGACUGUUUCGGAUGCGGAGGCAACCCCGCCAUGUUUUGAUCCAACUAAACCCCUGCCCAUUAAAGAUGUCAAGGCAUUUGCCUAUUAUAAUGCGAAGGUGCAGCUGGAAUCAUGUUCAGUGGGCCUAGAGUUUUUUUACAAACUUAUAGAUGAUCCCGAAUGGAUUAGCCCAAGGCACCUUGACAUGGCAAUGUUUCUUAUCCGAAAAAGGCAACUCUAUCAUCCUUUGCAAUUUCUAAAGCCGGUCAAAGCACCUGCAAAGAAACGAAGAUCGAAAAAAGCAACUGCUUCAAACACCGUUGACCUUCAACUCAGCUACCUAAAGAAGAUACAUCACUUUGUGCACGGUAUAUGGCAACAUGGGUAUGGGGAAGCUUGGACCAAAGUCCAGAAGGACUCCUGUAUUGCUUUUACCUCAACUUCCAAGAUGGUCAAAUAUCUGCACCCUAUUAGCGAUAUUCUGGCGCGGGUGCUGUACAAUAUGGGUUUUUAUGACGCUUCUGAGGUUGAAGAGGUUAAGCAAAAAGGGAUGAAGAUGUCCACGUUUACGCCAUUCACAGUUUACAGCAUUGGAGAUGUGCCACAACAACGUGAUGGAUGCAGACAUCGAAGCUCUAUUGGAGGUGCCCUAUAUGGUGAUCCAUCCAUUUUGAUAGAGCUAUUUGGUUUGGUUAUUCUCUGUAGCAAGUCGGUGGCGGUGGCUAAUUGCCUUACAUGGCACAUAAACUGUUUCCAUUUUGUAGGCAUGGCAAAUAAAGUAUUGUCAAACCAAAUUGGGUAG